GAGCUUCUAGAAAGAAGUUCAGAGUUACAGACCUGUUCAUAGAGAAGAUAGAGAGAGAGAGACACGCCUCCAAAUAACAGCAGGGCAAGAAGAGGAAGAACAACAAUUCACUGAGGUAUUCAGCGGCUGUGUUAGGAGAAUACAUCCAGGAGUGGGGCAGGAGAGAGUGCAACCAGAACAGGCAGAGCUCUACCACCACACCAACAUCAAGAGAAGGAAGACAAGAGACCUUCAUCCUGCUGUAAAUAGAGCCCCCACCUUUCGGCUGGGAAGGAUCUUUCUUCCCCACCAGACCAGAAUGCUCAUGCUCCUGUCUAUGUGCGUCUGCACGCUGCUCCUGGGCAGCCAGGCACAGGACCGGGCCUCCAUGUGGAGGGGCAAUGACCGCAGCGGCCUGUGCCAGUACUCCUUCACAGUGGCCAGCCCCGGCGAGGCCAGCUGUCCCCAGGUGGCCAGCAGUCCUGAGCUGGAGGGGCUGAAGACCAGACUGGGCCUGCUAGAAGCGCUGGUGUCCCGGCUGGCCGCGGGGGACGCAGGGUCGGGGUCAACGAGCUCCGGAUCUGAGCCGGGGCUCCGGGACGUCCUGGACCAGGCGGUGGGCGAGAGGAACCUGCUACGGGCUGAGAAGCAGCUCCUGGAAGGGGAGCUUGAGGCUUUGCAACGGCGAAUGGAGGACAUGAGGAAGGAGAUGGAGAAUCUGGGGAACAGACCCUGUCCUCCGCAGAGGACCCCGCAAACCCUCAACCCAGCCCUGCAGGACAGCAGUCUGGACAGACCCUCUGGAGGUUCCAGUGCCAUGUCUCCCCUGAUGGGCAGGCCAAACAGUCAGGGAAACACUGGCGGUUUAAGGGACCCCGCUUGGGAGUUUUCAGGUCCAGGGUUUCAAGAGAUGAAGGCUGAAGUGACAGAGUUUCCAGUUCCUGACCGCCCGGAUGACACCUCAGGCUGUGGCCACCUGCUCGCGGUGGGUGAGCCAGUCAUCCACAGGAAGGCUGACACCAUCGCAGGUAAAUACGGUGUGUGGAUGCAGGACCCAGAAGCUGUGUCCACCUACGGGCCCAACAUGGUGUGGAGGAUCGACACAGUGGGCUCUGACGUGCGACAGCUUUUUGGAUAUGAGGACAUGGAGCAACUCUCAAAGGGCUUCCCCUCCAAGGUGAUGUUGCUGCCGGAGGCUGUGGAGAGCACCGGCGCGACCCUGUACCGCGGCUCCCUGUACUACCAGCGCCGCCGCAGCCGCACAAUCCUCCGCUACGACCUGUCCUCCGAGAGCAUCGCUGCCCGCCGCGACCUGCCCCACGCCGGCUUCCACGGCCAGUUCCCCUAUUCGUGGGGAGGCUACACGGACAUUGACCUCGCCGCGGACGAGAGCGGGUUGUGGGCCGUCUACUCCACCAGCAAAGCCAAGGGCGCCAUCGUGAUCUCCAAGCUGGACCCUGACACCCUGGAGGUGAGGAGGAGCUGGGAGACGAACAUCCGGAAGAACUCGGUUGCCAACUCCUUCAUGAUCUGCGGCAAGCUUUAUACCGUGGCCAGCUACACCUCACCCAACACCACCGUCAACCAUGUGUACGACACAGAGACCAGCCAGUCCAAGGCUGUGGCCAUACCCUUCAGGAACAAGUUCCGCUACACCAGCAUGAUCGACUACAACCCCGCCCAGAAGAAGCUCUUAGCCUGGGACAACUUCCACAUGAUCUCGUACGACACUAGAUUGGGCCGGCAAUAGUAGCCCAUCAGGACAGGGAUGGCUCAAUUUUGACACAUGCCCCCCAUUACAAGUGGCUUUCUCAUACACAGACACAUACAAACACAAACAUCCUGCUUGCUUCAAAGACUCGUAAGCACAUAACCAUGUGAUGGGAUUGUUAGACACAUCAUCCAUAACCAUGCAUAGUUCAGCUUAACCAACCACCAGAGUGAGAACCAGUGUUCAGGAUCAGAUAGAGUAUUUUAGUAUUUAAUCUUUUUUUUUUUGUACGGUUUUUAGGUUUCUGGAAGGUUUUGUUGUGACAUGGCCCACACAAACACGUUGAUAGAGGAAUUAUUUUUGUACAGUCUUUAUGCCAGGUGUAUGUCUUUGAUUUAUUUAUGCAGUAUUUUAUGAUGGAAAUGUCCAUGUUUGGCUCAUGGAACGUUGUAAUGACUAGUUUAAUUAGUUUGGUGCAAUGCGCCCUACGGUGUUAAACUGGCAACGCUUUGCCCUCUCUAGAAUGCAUCAUCCUUUUGCGUAUGCCUAAUGCACUGUAGUCACCACUAGGUAACAUUCACAUUAAAGUUGUUAAUAAAAUGGUUGAGUUUUUCUUUCAUCUUCAU